GUCACCGGAGACGUUUCCGCCCAUGCGCGCAGAAAGGCAGGAGGAGACCUGCCAGACUGCAGCUGAUGCAUUUGUUGUGGUGAUGUAAUGUUGCCUCUUUGGUGACUACGGAUGGCGGUGUGUGCCAGGCUCUGCGGAGUGGGUCAGUCGCGGAGGUGCCGGAGGCGACAGCGACAUAACCAAGAGGACCAGGGAAGCGAUUCCGACAUGGACGAGGAAGAGGAGGAGCGGAUCGUGGGCCACAAGCAAGCCGAGGUCGGCAGCGUAGGCCUGGACAGCACCGCCGCCGCUGCAGGGCCGAGUGACGCUCUUGACUAUGGCAGCGCUACAGUCAACAGACUAGAGUUUGUCGAUCGUGCAAACACAGGACCUCCAAACCCUCAGUCCCUGUUGGAUUUGCCCCCGGAGCUACUGGUGGAGAUAUUCUCCCUGCUGCCCGGCACGGCGCUGCCAAAUGUCGCUCUCGUCUGCAAGAAAUUUAAGCAAAUCCUCAACACGGAAACCAUUUGGAGAAGGCGAUGCAUGGAGGAGUUUGGCAUGAGGGAGGAUCUGCGGAAGAUGGAGGUGGGAGGCGUAUCCAGCCGGGACCUCUACGUAAAACUGCUUCACCCAUACAGACAUAUCUUGGGCCUGUGGCAACCUGACAUAGGACCGUAUGGUGGGCUGCUCAAUGUUGUGGUGGAUGGGCUGUUCAUCAUUGGCUGGAUGUACUUGCCACCUCAUGACCCUCGUGUGGAGGAUCCCAUGAGAAGACGGCCGCUCUUCCGCAUCCACAUGUGGGAGAGCAAAAAGGCCACUGUGGAGUGUAUGUAUGGACACAAAGGUCCUCACAAAGGAGAUAUACAGACAGUGAAAAAGGACGAGUUCUCUACCAAAUGUAACCAGACUGAUCAUCACCGCAUGCCAGGGGGCAGGCAGGAGGAGUUUAGGACAUGGUUGGAGGAAGAAUGGGGGCGGACACUGGAGGAUAUCUUCCAUGAGCACAUGCAGGAGCUCAUCCUCAUGAAGUUCAUUUACACUAGCCAAUAUGAUAACUGCUUGACGUACCGGCGGAUCUACCUGCCUCCUCAGCUGCCCUCUGACUUGCUGCAGCCAGGCCUUUUCAAGGGCACCUAUGGCAGCCAUGGCUUGGAGAUUGUUAUGCUCAGUUUCCAUGGAACAGCUGCAAGAGCCACUAAACUCACUGGAGACCCCAACGUUCCUGCAGGGCAGCUAACUCUGGAUGUGGACUUGAGCCGGCCUGUGGUCCUUCCAGACUUGGAGAGCCAGCGCAGUAUAGAGGAACUGUCCCGUCUGGUACUGGGGGUACAUGAGGAAGUACAGAGGGAGGCACAACAACAAGCCAAGGAAUCCUCCACCACCCCCGAAGGGGCAGCAGAAGGGGCCUGUGGUGAUGCCAGUGGAGCAGAGGGGGUGGAUACAGGCUCCGGAGCCUGUUCAGAGAGCUGCCAGCCCGGCCCCAGCUGCAGCACCAGCCCCCCCGAGGCCCAGCCCUUCAUCUUGCCACUAGGGGUUAUGGCUCGCAACGAGGUAUAUCCCCGCACCUGCAGGAAAUGUUUCUAUGGGACAGGCCUGAUUGCUGGGCAUGGGUUCACCAGUCCAGAGCGUACCCCGGGGCUGUUUGUCUUGUUUGAUGAGGACCGUUUUGGCUUCAUCUGGCUCGAGUUGAAGUCGUUCAGCUUAUACAGUCGCCUGACGGACCACCUUGCCCACGCUCACGCCCCAAACAUGGAGCGUUUCGAGGCCAUGCUGCGCAACAUGCAGUCCUGGACAUCCUGAUGCACCAUGCUUAAAUUCUCCUCCCACAAUACAAUGCAUAAUACAUUCAUUAUACACAAAUCACCUCUGUCCUUCCUUGUGAUAACCUUUACUACCAAGUUAGCUGAUGACCAUAAUCUUCCAGCUCCCACCUAUAUAGGCUUAUUGAACAUGUGGUUUUACUGUCUGAUAAAGGUAGCUUUGUCACCCUGACAGCACACUCGCACUGGUAUUCCCAUACAUGCACUUUGAACGGCCUCCUCAGUCACUCUUUAUCACCUCAACUCACUAUGACCUCAGUAUCUCUGGUGCAGCAUGAUAACAGGUCACAUGAUAUCAGAUUUCUCCUUGACAGCUUUUUAUUUAUUUAUUUAUUCCCAGAAGGAGAAAAGGAAUAUUUCAUACCACUUGUUAAUGAUUCAAACUGUAUGUGCCUCUGAAUCUGAAAUGUACACCAUGUCUGUACUGCAUAGUGCUUGAAGAAGAAAGAGGUGUCCUAUAUAUUCUGCUCUACGGUACUAUCAUGAUUUUAAUGCCCAACACACUGAACUGCAUGCUGCAUUUUAUUUAGAUCGAACUGCAUUAUACCUAUAACCAUUAUCACGACAUGAUGUCACGAUUUUAUUUUUGUAAAGCAGCAUGCCUUGCUCUGGAUUUAGUUUGCUUUAGGGACAUCACAGAAUUGAAAAAAAAAAAAAUACUGCAUCUCAGGUGUUUUUCUGUCAGUCACUGUCAAUGAAAGUAAACCAGAAACAACCCUUUUUUUGGCAUCAUAAAACGGGCCAGGUGCAUAGUAAUGUCACAUUCAUUUUCAUUACUUGUACAUCUGAAAUACUGAAUAACCUGUAACAGCUCGACACUUUUCCAGCCAUUGACAAGUAAGCUUAUGCUGUCUUAUCUGACACUGUAGCCACAUCAGCCAGCUUUUGGUAGACUGGUAGCUUACUGCCCUUUGAACAGGAACUUGAAAGUUUUCUUUGUUCAUGGUGUGUGUCGGCUCAUGGUACUACAUGUAAAAUGUAAAAUUCAUGUCCCCACACCACAUACAGUACUAUAUAAGUUUGAAAAAUGUUGUGAUGCAAUAGAGUAACCUAACUAAUACACGAAGCUGGUUUUAAACAAAGUAUGAAAAUAAUGAAGUUUCUGUGCUUGUAUACUUAUGGUUAAGCCAGAAGCUACCCUUAUCUUUGAAAUGUAUCCCAUUUGUUGUCUAUUUAAAAUGGCUGACAUGAAGUUUGCCUGGCUUUAUACCUGCAAAGCUAAUCCCUCCAGUUUUCCAGCUCAUUUGGAACUUCUGGCUAGAUAAACAUCCAACCAAGCAGCUCAAGGUGCAACUCAAAGUACCAAGUAAGUGUCUGUAUGUCUCAUCAUGGCCUGAUGGUGGUGCCCAGUAGCUCUCUUACUCCAAGUGCACUUUUCUGGGCAGUAUUGUGAAUCAUUCAAAACCACUGGCCAGCACUUUUGUAUCAGACUGCAGCUUUACUAGCAUUUGCAAAAACUGUGUGGAUAGAUAACAUAAUAAAUGUUAACCAAUGUCUAUUAAGGCGUCACAGACUUAAUUUUUUGUCACAUUUGAUUCAUUUCUGCUUACCAUUGUUUAUUAUACGUCUACCUUUCGAUCUGUCAGCCCUCUGUUCUCAGCUGUUUGAAUGAUUUGCCUUUGAAAAGUUGUGCUUUGUACUACUUUCAAUCCCAUAAGGCCUAAUUUUGUGGGAAACUAAGAUAGUUUGACCUGUUGAACUGCUCACAUCUGACUUCAGGGAGCUUUUCAGCUUAAGCGCUCUUCUCAGUAAUAA